CGGGGAGCUGAAGGAGUGCCGGCGACCUGCCGGCGAGGAGAUGUCCCUGAAUCCGCGCCUCAGCCGCAGCCUGCAUGCCCGCCCUGGGUGGAGCGGUCUUCUUUGUCGAGCCGGGACCUGCUCUCCUUUCUCGUUCAAGCAGAAGAGGAGCUAGCGAGGAAAUAAAAACAAGCUCGAGUUAAUGUUUGAGAAGUUCGGGUGCAGGAGAGUCUGGAUUUUUGGCUUCUUGGAGACACAGUAGAAAAUGCAAAACGAAAUAAUAAAGCCUGCUAAAUACUUCUCAGAAGUGGAGAAGAGUGUGCUGCUUGCAUUAGUUGAAAAAUACAAAUAUGUGCUUGAAUGUAAAAAAAGUGAUGCAAGAACUAUUGCUCUGAAACAACGUACCUGGCAAGCACUAGCUCAUGAGUAUAAUUCACAGCCCAGUGUAUCACUGCGAGACUUCAAACAGUUAAAGAAAUGCUGGGAAAAUAUCAAGGCACGGACAAAAAAGAUAAUGGCACAUGAAAGGCGGGAGAAGGUAAAAAGAAGUAUUAGUCCACUUAUAAAUACUCACAUCAUAGGGAAAGAGAAGAUUGCCAGCAUAAUGCCUGAGCAAAUGUACUUUUUGCAGAGCCCACCAGAAGAAGAUUCUGAAUAUCAGCCUGAUGCUUCUAGUCAAGAGUCAUUUGUUGUCUCAAAUAGAGAACUUUGUGAUGAAGAGAAAGAGCUGGUACAUUUCCCAGUAUGUGAAGGUACCUCCCAACCUGAGCCUUCGUGUUCUGAUGUCAGAAUAGCAGCAGAUAAGAACUACAGAAGUAAAGCAUCUCAGGAAAGUGCUCUGAAAAAGAUGCAUGAGGAAGAACAUCAUCAGCAAAUGUCAAUUUUGCAACUGCAGUUAAUCCAAAUGAAUGAAGUUCAUGUGGCAAAAAUACAGCAAAUAGAAAGAGAGUGUGAGAUGGCUGAAGAAGAACACAGGAUAAAAAUGGAAGUGCUAAAUAAAAAGAAAAUGUAUUGGGAGAGAAAACUGCAGACCAUCACAAAAGAAUGGCCUGUGUCAUCCUUUAACAGACCCUUUCCUAAUUCACCUUAGAACACGAGGGGCAGAGAGUCAGUCUGAUUGAGCACAUUUAUAAGUAAUGCGCACUGGAAAGAGGGUUUUUUAAUGUGAAUAUACAGUGACAGGAUAGGUGCCUCGCUGAUAGUGAACACACUUUGACUCUUAAUGUUUAGGGAAACAGUGGUAGAGUCCACAAAGGGGAAAACUGUAUUGUUCAUUUGUAGGUAGUUCUGAUUUGUUUAACUCUCAGACAUGCACAGUGUUCUAAAAUGUGAACAUAUUUUCCCCUCUCAGAAUACCCUAACAUCCUUUUGAAAUUUAAGGUACUCCGGGUAUUCGUACAUUGGGUCUUGAGAAAACUUAACAGCUUUAAACAUCAGGUUAUAGUGUUUAUUUUGGUUUCUAUCUCCUCCUAUCUACCAUUUCCCGAAUGCAGGCAAGGGUUGGAGUUGCUCUCUGCUGUUGAGACAAAAGGUGAUUGACAGGUAUUGGUUGGAUUGUUAUGCUGGGGCUUAGGAAAAAAACUUGUCUCUAGUUAAUGUAGUUCAUAAGUUAUUCUUCAUAGAAGAUGUGAAAAUGAAGGAAGUAGCAAAAGGACCACUGUAGUAACUGAGCCCUUUGCUUAUGAAGAACAGUAAUAUUUUCCAGCUGGCUGGCUCAUUGAGAGAAUGGUUGUGGACUGGCCCUACAGUUAUUUGAGCCUUGACCCUUAAGAAGUUGGAAAGAAGGUGACUUCUUCCUCAAAAGCCAUUGUGCUUGUCCUUUCUUUUCAGGCUCAUCUUGUAUUCAAGUAGAAUACCAAAAUAGGAGGGUCGCAUGCUGCUGCCAGCACUGUGUGCUGUUCGCCUGGAGUCAUUCUGAGGGGAAGAGCUUUUUAACAAUUCAUAAAGCUCUUAAAAUGUAGUGAGCCAGCCAGUCCAUUGGCAAAGUCUCCCUCUAUCUCCCUGUGCAAUACUUGAUGGCAUAGCAUCUAGCUUGAGUAUUUCAACCUCUCCCUAGCUAGAAGAAAAGACUAAGACUCACCCUAUUUUCCUUCACGGACGGUGGGAAGCAGUUCAAGGGAAUCAUUCCUGUCUUGGAGCAGUGUUCUGUUGUGUUCUGUCCUGUGUGUUACGGUGGUGUGUUUCUUGCUUUUGCUGUCAGUGAGGGGUGAUGGACAUGAUUUGUAUGAAAGCAUUCACAUGAAGGUCCCCGCAGAGUUUGGGGGUCCAGAAUAGUAGAUGGUAGGAAAGCACAAAUAAAGAUAAUCCUUCCCCAAGCAAUCAUUUAGUCUAGUGGGGCAAGGGUUAAGAGAACGUGAAAUACAGAACUCUGCGAAGAUUCAUAACAACCUCUGAUGUGUGAAAAGCUGUUUUACAGGAAGGUGUACAACCGUCCUUUGAAGCAGUGAGAAAAAGGAACAAAAACAUAAAUUUUCAUUGAAAAACCUGAGUAUCCUAUUAUUCAAUAAAGUAUUUUCAGAUCAUGAUUCAUGAGGGCAAGUCCAUACA